AUGCAAAGGAAUUUCUAUAGUUCCGAUUCAAGACAAAUGAAAUUGCCAGAACAAAAUCUUAAUAACAUAAUGAAUGUAAAUAUAAAUAAUCAAUAUGAUAUUAGGAACUUGCAUGAACAAAAAGAAUAUGCUGCUUAUAAUUUUUAUGAUUAUCCAAAAAACAUGGAUUUAUUAGAUCAAAAUAAUAAAAUUAAUAAUCCAUUAAGUUCUUCUUAUUAUAAACAAAGGGAAGCAAAUGUACCUUCAAUAAUUUUAAAUAAUAAGAAUUCUUACAUGAAUACAAAUAAUGAAUUAAUGAGAAAAUCAAAUAAUUUUUUAAACAUUGCAUCAGUACCUCCCAAAGAUAUAGAACAUUUUGAAUAUGCAAAUCCUCCAAUAAACUUGAAUGAAGAGAAUUAUUGCAAUUAUUAUGAUAUGAAUAAUAAUGUAAUACCAACUAAUGAAAGCUUAAAAUAUGAAGUAAAUAAUGAUAUAAAUAGAACCCAGUUAAUUAAUAAUUUAAGUAAUAAAUUAAAUAACUCUUAUAUAAAUAUUAAUAAUGGAAAUUGUAUAAAUGAAGAAAUUAUGAAUAAUGAGGUUAAUAAUUACAAAGAAUUAAAUAAUUUAAAUAAUUCAUUUGAUUAUUUAAAUUAUAAUAUAAAUAAUAUGAAUUCUAAUUAUGUGAUGGACAAUUAUAAUUCUGCUUUAAGUAAUAAUAUAAAAAAUAUUCCUUACAACUCAAUAUAUACUAAUAAUUAUAAUAAUGAAAAUUAUCAUUCAUUAAAUAUAGAUAACUCACCUAUGCUAUUUAACAAAAAUGCACAAGAAAUUAAUGAAAAGGAAAUAAAUUUUUCAAAACUUAAAGAUAUUAAUAUGAACAAAAAUAUUACAAAUACUUUAGACCAAUUACAAGCAGUUGUAUGUUUACAAAAGUUAGAAGAAAUUCCAGCUCCAUUCUUAAACAUAAAUGAAAUAAAAUAUUCAGUUAGUGUUUACUUUAAUUCUUAUGAUGAUAUCAUAGAUAAAUAUCAAUCAAAAUUUUAUAGUUGUAAAUUAAAUGAGUUGUAUACUUAUGCUGAUUGUGAUUUGCAAAAUGAAAUAAUUAAUCUACCAUUUAAUAAUGAAGAGUUUAUUUAUUUAAAAGUCAUUGAAACAUCUAUAUAUAAAACUGAGAUAAUCGGAAGAUUACAGCUAAAAGUCAAAUCAUUAUCACAAGAAUAUCCUUUAAGAAUACCAAUAAUAGGAGAUGAUGGAAACUCAAAAGGAUUUCUAAUUAUGAAUUUUUUUGUUACAUCGUCAUACUAUGAUGUCAAAAAUGAUAUAUUAACAGAAAAAGAAACUUUACCAAAUAAAACAAAAGCUACUAGACUAAGAAGAAGAAAUAACGGCUUUCAUUUUUUUGAAAAUUUUACCAAAUGGUGUUGUGAAAUAACAGAUGAUCAUAUAAAUUAA